AUGGGUAAAAAUAUCGUCGUAUUGAGUGAUGGUACUUGGAAUGAUCCAAAUUCCAAAUCCAACGUUUAUAUGUUGCACAAAGAAUUAAUCGAGCGAGAUUACCAACAACAUGUCGCUUAUAUGGACGGAAUUGGAAUUGGUGAAUUGGCCUUGAAUUUUGUCUUAGAUGGUGCCGUAGCUGUAAGUCUUGGUAAAAAAAUCAAAGAAGGUUACAAACAUAUAAUUACUCAUUAUAAUCCUGGUGAUGAUGUAUGGCUUUUUGGUUUUAGUCGUGGUGCUUACACAGUGAGAUGUAUUUCUGGAAUGAUACGAAAUUGUGGAAUAUUGAAAAUUGAUCGAGAUACCACACCUGAACAAAUUGAUAAACGUAUUGAUCUAGCAUAUGAAAUCUAUCGUGAUAGAAAUAUGGCUUAUCACCCGGAAGGAAGUGGUUCUGAUGACUUUAAAAAAUCAUUCUGUUAUCCUGAUUCUAAAAAACCAAUUAUAAAAUUUCUUGGACUUUGGGAUACUGUUGGUGCUCAUGGUAUACCAGGUUAUACAAUUGGAGAAGGUUUUAAAUAUUUGGAAUUCUAUGACCAGGUCGUACCUAAUGUAGUUAAUUUUGCUUGUCAAGCUUUAGCCAUUCAUGAAAGAGUUUCUUUCUUUGAACCUUGUCGUAUACUUCCAAAUAAUUCUAGUAAAAAAGUUACUGUCAAAGAGACUUGGUUCCCGGGUAUACAUGGCGAAAUAGGGGGAGGAAUCAAAGGCAAUGAAAGAAUAUCUAAUGCAACUCUUUUAUGGGUAAUAGAAAAUAUCGUAGAAGUUGGAGGUUUAUUAAUGCGAGAUGAUAUUGAGAGUUAUCGUACUCGUUUCUCUCCGGAUUCCGGUCCUUCUUGGGACAUUAGAAAUCAAAUAUUUGAUCGUAGAAGUGACCUUGUUCCAAAGUCUAUGCUUAAAGAUAGAGUUAUUCCAUUAGAAUUAGAUCCUAGUCAAAAAUUUUUAAGAAAAGAUCUUCUUUACAGAGAUGGUGAUUGGUUGCUUCCAUUUGGUACUAGAUCUCAUUUAAGUACUCAUUAUGCUUCGAAUACAUAUGAAGAGUUACGUAAAGUUAUAGAAACGAAAGGAAUUAGAUUAUAUAACAAUGUAAAAUAUGAUAAGGAUGAAAAUGAGAGGGAUGUGAGGAGCCAAUUAUAA